AUGACAUUUCUCUUCCUAUCAACCUGGUUGAUGGUCGUUGAAUGUGGAAACUACAGUGGAGGAGGAAGUAGAGGUGGAUUUAAAAGUGGUAACGGAAGAGGCGGAUACGCCAGUGGUGGAUCAGGAACCGCGUUUGGUAAUAAUGGAUACCAAGCAAGUGGAUACACUGGCAGUAGCUCUGGAAAUGUGUAUGGAAGCAGUGGAUUUGGAGGUGGAAAAAGAGGAGGGGGAUAUGGAAGUAAUGGAUAUGGGGGAGGAAACAGGUAUGGCAAUAGAAAAUUUGGAAGUGGACAAGGAAGUAGUAACUUUGGAUUCGGGGGUGGCAAAAGAGGAAGUGGAUAUGGUAGUGGUGGGUUUGAACAGGGCAGUAGUGGAUUUGGAGGAAAUGGCUAUAGCAAUGGUGGAUUUAGUGGAAGUCAGGUGGGAGGAUUUGGAAGUGGUAGUUUUGGAAAUACGGGCUUUGGAGGUGGAGGCUAUGGUAGCAGUGGUUCUCCAGGCGGAAACAAUUUUGGUGGCGGUAAAGGAGGGUUUAAUAACGGCUAUGGUAGUAGUAGUAGUUUUGGAGGAUUUGGUGGAACAGGUAGUGAAGGACACAACAACAAUUUUGGAGGUGGAACUGCAGGAGGUAACCUAAACAGUGGUUACGGAAACAACUUUGGGGGAGGAGGAUUUGGUGGAAAUCGAGGAAGUAAUGAUGGCUAUGGCAAGUGGUAA